AUCAGGCACAAGAAACAGGUACUUAGAGGGACGACUCUCCUCUUAGUGGACUCCUCUGCUCUGCCAAGUCUCUCUCUCUCAGCUCCUCCUUUUCUCUGUUACUCCUUUUCUUCAAAAUGACGAGCACGCGUAGCAUUAAAACUGUGAGGACCAGCUAUGGGACUGGCGGCGGAAGUAAUUUUGGCACGUAUGGUAGCGGUGGCGGUGGUGGAUUCACCUCACGAUCUGCAGUUAGUUAUAGGUCAGUCCCAAUAGCUUCCUCAAGUAGCACUAUUCUUAGAUCAAGCAUGCGUGGUAGUGGUGGUGGUGGUGGUGGUGGUGGUAUGGGUGGCGGUUUUGGUAGUUAUUCCAUAGCUGCUGGAAGUGGAGCUGGUUAUGGGAUCAGUGGAGCUGGUUUUGGGAUGGGUAGUGGUCUUGGUUAUGGCGCUGGUUUUGGUGGAGGUAUUCCAGCUAUUGCAAACGUCCAAGUCAACCAGAGCCUGCUGACCCCCAUGGACAUUAGCAUCGAUCCCAGUAUCCAGAUGGUCCGAACACAAGAAAAAGACCAGAUCAUGGGUCUGAACAACCGCUUUGCCAGCUUUAUUGACAAAGUGCGCUUCCUGGAGCAGCAGAACAAAAUGCUGGAGACCAAAUGGAAUCUUCUGCAGGAGCAGACCACUACCCGCUCCAAUAUUGACGCUAUGUUCGAGGCCUACAUUGCCAACCUGCGCAGACAGCUUGAUGGACUUGGCAAUGAGAAAAUGAAACUGGAGGCAGAGCUGAAGAACAUGCAGAACAUGGUGGAGGACUUCAAGAACAAAUAUGAGGAUGAAAUCAACAGGCGUGCCGGAGUGGAGAAUGAAUUUGUUCUCCUUAAGAAGGAUGUUGAUGGUGCCUACUUAAAUAAGCUUGAUCUGGAGGCAAGGGUCGAUGCUCUUCAGGAUGAGAUCAACUUCCUCAGAGCUAUCUAUGAUGCUGAGCUGCGUGAACUCCAGAGCCAGAUCAAGGACACAUCAGUCAUUGUGGAGAUGGACAACAGCCGUAACCUGGACAUGGAUUCCAUCAUCGCAGAAGUGAAGGCUCAAUACGAGGACAUCGCCAACCAAAACCGUCUAUCCACAGAGGAAUGGUACCAGCAGAAGUACAAGGACAUGGAGGCCUCUGCUGGCCAAUAUGGAGAUGACCUGCGCAACACCAAGAACGAGAUCGCAGAACUCAAUCGUAUGAUUAGUCGUCUCCAGAAUGAGAUUGACGCAGUCAAGGGACAGCGUGCCAACCUGGAGACUCAGAUCGCUGAGGCCGAGGAGCGUGGCGAGCUGGCCGUACGGGACGCCAAGGCCCGAAUCAAGGAUUUGGAAGAUGCUCUGCAAAGAGCCAAGCAGGACAUGGCCCGCCAGGUCCGCGAGUACCAGGAACUCAUGAAUCUCAAACUGACGCUUGACAUUGAGAUCGCCACCUACAGGAAACUGCUGGAAGGCGAGGAGCAAAGAAUUGGCAAUGUAGAUGCAACCAUCCACAUACAGUCAUCCAGCGGAGGCUUCAGUUCAGGAGGCAUGGGAGGUGGCAUGGGAGGUGGCAUGGGAAGUGGCAUGGGAGGUGGCAUGGGAGGUGGCAUAGGAGGUGGCAUGGGAGUUGGCAUGGGCAUGUCCAUGGGUGGAAGCACUGGUAUGGGAGGCUAUGGCAACAUGUCCCGAAUGAGCAGCGGCGGCAGCACCAUGAUGACAUCAAGAACAAGCCUCAGCUCUCGCCGUUGAACAUCCGCCUGAACCCAUUGUGUCCCUUACUGUCCGUCAUCAGGCCACGACUCGGAAAAACCUUCCACACAGCAACGCAUCUCUUGUUCUCUUUACUUCUAUAAGUCUUUGGUUUAAUUAGCACAUACUGUACACUCAGGGAGUCAGAGGUUCCAUCAAAAUCCAAGCAGAGGCAUAGCCAUUAUUGGAACACCAACACAAAGCAGAGCAUUCAUAUGAGUCAGUCCUUUUUUGUGCUUGUGGCUGUUUGCUGUUAGCUGCAUGCUGUCUUGUAGACAAGCACAUAUUUGUAGUUGCAUGACAGAGAAUCCCUGCAAUGCAACCAAUCAAUGCACGCUAAGAUGUUAGGCACAGGAGGAGGGCUGGGUCUCUUAUAUUCCCAAUGAAGAAAUCCAUUACAUGGUCCUUUUUACUGCAGUCUUACAUCUCUUAGCGUGUAUGAAGCAGCCACACACCAUACGUCACUUUCACACAAUUUCUAGCAUCUAUCUGUCUGAGAGAGAGUAAACUAGCAGUUAUGGUUUGUAUUGCUUUUGCUUGACUCUGACUGGGUCCACCAAGCCUGGAAUAAAGCUGAGUUCAUCUAA